GAAUUUGACGAGCAGAAUGAAGCACAAGAAUAUGUCGUGCGAUGGAGGGAACGAAAUGGAAAAGUUAAACUUUGUUCGGCCAAAAUAAUGGCAACCGGAGAGGAUAGGAGAGAACUGGUCGAAGUGAGGAAGAAAGCGGAGUUAGGCCUUCUGGAUGUGGCAGUCACACCUACAUCUAAAUGUGGAAAAGGCCAAAGGCGAAAAAUUCCAAAUUCGAAGAACGUGCCAUCUGAGGAUGGAAAUGAUGAGCAUGUGGCCGAGCCGAAGACCAAGUCAAAACGCAAGCAGGCAUCAACUGCACAAAGUGCCAGCAAAAGUAUUUUGCAGAAGUACAAAAAUGCACAAUUGGAUAUUGACAACUCUGCCAUAACUGCAACUGAGACCCCAUCUGGCUCAACUGAGACUCCUUGUGGCAAAAGAUGUGCUGAAGCAGUACGACAAAUGCAGGCAAUGGUGAAUGAAAUGAGAGGCAUCAGACAAGAGAUUCUGGGCAUAAGAGCAGAGAUGCUGGUGAGAUCGGCAGCGCCCUCAGUGGAGCAGGCACGAAGGUGUCAACCGCCUAUUGCGGCCAAUACGGCCAAACCAUCAACACCAUUGGAUGUAACCAAUGAAGAUGAAUCUGCCUCAAAUGAUUCUGUGAUCAUCUCUCAAUCUGUGAAAUCGAGAUCUUCACGGACCUCGGCACAAAAAUUUGUGAAUGACCUCAUGUACAGGAUUUACUCAACGGAAUAUAUGGCGACACACAGCGUGUCGGGGUUAUCCUCAACGAAGGCAGCCAACGUCAAGGCGGCACUGCCUCGUGAGCAUGUCAUGGAAAUUAUUGCUGAAGCACGCAAGGUCUUCCCCGAGGCAGCGGAAGCUGACAUCAGGCGCUUCAUGAGGGAAAAAUUGUCGAAUGCAGCCAAAAUUCUGCGGCGUAAAGAGAAGUCUGACCGGACUUAA